GUUGCGUCAAACCAGGAAGACUAUUAUAAGAAUGCACAUUUAAAAUAGUUUCUUUACGAGUUAUUUCCUAUAUUAGUUGAGUUAUACUUUUUCCAAAGCUUAAUAGCAAAGCUAUUAGGAAAUUAUCCUAGCUGUAAAGUGAAAUUAGUAGUUCACUAAAUGCACUUUCAUAACUACUGAAGUGAAGGACUAUUAUUACACAAGCUCUUCACUGGAACUAUUAUCAAGCAAGUAACACAUGAUGAGCAAGCAGCUUCAGCUGUGUCUCGCUUUCGUCAUUAUGAUUUCUAAUGUCAACAUGUUUGCAGUGAUGAGAGUUAAAUGGUUGUCUUUUCCUUACGACGUCUUUUUCAAUAGUUCAAUGUUCCAAAGAGUUUUGGAAUGUUUGAAAAGUAAAAAAACAGAAUUGUGUGAGAUUCAAACAUCUAAACAAGACGGUCAAUACGAAGUUAUAUCAACUAAUAAAAAAAUAUCAAGGAUUAGAAAUGUCGAUUUAAGAAAUACAUCAUUUGAAUGUACCUGGGACAAAUUAAACUUUUUAUCAACAAAAUCACUAGGAUGUUCACGUAUGAAUAAACCUGUGGAAAUGCCAAAGGACAAGUGUGAUUUGCCGUUUUUCUUUAUAAUGAAGUGGGAGACAAAUGAAUAUUUUGAUGACGUGUCUUUAUACAACUGUUCAUUGGGGUCGGAGUUAUUCGCCUAUUCAACAAAGCGUCUAACAACAACAAUAACAACAACAAGAUCUAAUGUCACGCUUACAUAUACACCAUCUGAAGGCGAUUUAACGGAUUCUACUUUGACAUACAAUAACGAUACCACAUCUAAUUAUCAAACGUCAGUUACUAUCUUAGAAACCAAAACUAAUGACCAAAGGCCAGAAAGUAUCACUUUUCAACCACGCGAACCAUCAAAAACAUUAAGAAUAUCAGAAGAACUAUCAGAAUCCAAUUCUUUUCAUAAUGCAAAUGUCUUUAUAAUGAACAAUGAAAACACCUCUAUGACAUCGAGUAAUCAGUUAAAUGUUACUAACAUAACUCUCAUCAUAAUCGGCCUUGUUGUCGGCCUCGGCCUGAUAGUUUCACUAGUUAUUGUAUGCCUUCGAUUGCGUAAAAGAAAACAUACAAAUAGUGAAUGUAAAGAUCAACCUUUAGUUCAGUACCGAGAUAACUCAGAACACAAUGGAAGGGCUGUGGUAAAUGUGUUCUCAUUUAGAUCCACUAGCCCGGAUGACCAAUCUAAACCCUUUCCUGCAGUUGAAGAGUUAUUGCACGAUGACUAUCUAUCACUUGACGAGCCUAGUUCCGAGGUGGCGCUGUCACGGACGUCUCAACAAACCAAUGCCACUCUUGUACAAACACGCUCAGAAAAUAGCAAGCUAACAGAAGAAACUGUUACCCCACAACAUCAUGUGCAAGGCGUCUAUUCAAAACUGAAUGAAAACUUAAAAUUAAUGACCAAUGUUUACGGAGACCUACUUCCUGAGAGAAAUGACGCAUCUUUACUGAAUCAUGCAUAUGUUUUACAAACAGAGUCUAGUGAAGAAAAACAGGGUCAAUCUUUAGUUCACUAUCUAGAUACUUUAGAACAAAAUGACAGGGUUGUAGAGAAUGUGUACACAUUUUAUUCAACACACACGGAAGGCAAUUCUAAAUCUUCUCCUGCAGUUGGGGACUUAUUGCAAGAUAAUUAUGUACCAAUCGACACACCAAAUGCCGAGGUAGCACUGCCAACGUGUUGCAGACAAACCAAUGUCUCUCUCCAAGAAACACAAUCUGAAAAUGAGGAAAUAACAGAAGAAACUGUUACGCCACACCGUCAUUUACAAGGCGUGUAUUCUAAACUGAAUGAAAAUAUAAAAUUAAUGACCAAUGUAUACGAUGAUCUACUACCUGCCUGCAAUUCAAAGGACAAAUAUUUACAGUCUAAUGUAAAAGCAAAGAACCCCACAGAUAUAACAAUAAAUCAAACUUGCCUUGAUACUGACACAGUCUAUUCUAACCAGAACAUAACACAACUUGGGAAUUAUUACGAAGAUGUUUCUGGAUCUGACAGUACUAUAAAGCCUCACGACAAAAUCUUGACUUUACUUAAAUGUGAUUCUACGUGUACUACUGUAACUGGAGUAGACGCUGACCAAGACAAUACAGAUGGAACUAUUUACUUUAACGAACACGCGAACCCGUAUUCUAAUCACGUCGACCAUCAAUCUGAACCAAGCAAUAAUUGCAAUAAUGAAAAACUAGAACCGAUUUUUGGUAGUGAAGUGCAAGAAUAAAUGUACUCUUCACCAAUUUACAGAUUGUAUAAACAAUUAGACGAAACUGAAACCACGCAAAGUACACAAAUAAAGAAUCAUUAAAAGGAGUGUAGCUUAACUGUGUAGCUAGAGUGGGGAAGAUGCGUCAAAAUUUAAAAAUUCCCGAGGGCCCCCACUUGAUGGGUCCUACAAAUUAUUGUGUCAAAAAUUUUAUUUACAUUAACUAUAAAACCAAUGUCAUGUUGUUGUUUUCUCUUGCUAUUCAUGUUUUGUUGUAAAUUAGUGACCAUAUUGCAUGUACUCUAUACAUUAGACUUGUAUAUAUAUAUUAAGUACAUUAUCUCAAGUAAUGAUGUCGAAUGUCAAAAUGCAGGGGUCCCUGAAGAAGCCAAGCCCCCCUCCCCCAGGCCCUAAAUACCCUGCUACGCCACUCGUCUUACUUAGAUGAUUAGUAUUUGAAAUGUAGUGAUAACAAGUCUGUUAGUUAAAUAUAGUCACUAGAGUAAUGAAUAUAGUAAAAGUUUUUAAAUUCACCUAGCUCUUAGUCGGUUGAACAGUUGGGACACAAUACAUAAUCUGUUGACAGUCGUUCUCUAAUCCUUUCUGUCUUUUGCAUUGGAUAGAAUUUCAUUCAAUGACAGGCCUGUCCAUUAUUUUAUAUUGUCUUCCCAUCGCUUUCUCUGUAGAUUAUGAAGAUGUUUCUGGAUCUGACAGUAUUAUAAUAUAAACUUUUAUGCUAUCUUAUUGUUUUCUGUUGUAUAAAUUGACAAUUUUAUAAUUGCAACUUCUAAGAUUCAACUAAUGUUUAUUAAUAAAAAAAAAUGUUUGGUUGCUUUUUUAAA